AUGGAGCGGAGGAGCCUGGCGGGACUGUGCGCGCUGCUCGCGCUGCUCUCCGUGCGCGCGACCGCCAAGGAGCUCCGGUGCCAGGAGAUCUCGGUGCCGCUGUGCCGGGGCGUGGGCUACAACCGCACCUACAUGCCCAACCAGUUCCACCACGACACGCAGGACGAGGCCGGCCUGGAGGUGCACCAGUUCUGGCCGCUGGUGGAGAUCAAGUGCUCCGCGGACCUGCGCUUCUUCCUGUGCAGCAUGUACACGCCGAUCUGCCUGGAGGACUACAAGAAGCCGCUGCCGCCGUGCCGGAGCGUGUGCGAGCGCGCGCGCGCCGGCUGCGCGCCGCUCAUGCGCCAGUACGGCUUCCCGUGGCCGGACCGCAUGCGCUGCGACCUGCUGCCCGAGCAGGGGGACCGGGACACGCUGUGCAUGGACUACAACCGGAGCCAGAGCACCACCACCGUAUCCACCGGAGGGGGGGUCUCCUCCGGGGCUGGAGUGGCCGGGGUCGGAGCCCCAUCCCCGGCCAAACCCACCAACCGGCCCCUGAAGCCGUACCGGAAGAAGGGCGGCAAACAACACAGGCCGGGGUCUGCGUCCCAGUGCGAGAGCGGCUGCUUCUGCCGCGCGCCCAUGGUGCCCGUGACCGGCGGCGGCGGCGACGGGCACGGGCACGCGCACGCGCGCGCGCACCCGCUGCUCAACCGCGUCAAGACGGGCCAGAUCCCGAACUGCGCCGUGCCGUGCCACAGCCCGUACUUCACGCGCGAGGAGCGCGCGUUCACCUCCUUCUGGAUCGGGCUGUGGUCCGUGCUGUGCUUCGUGUCCACCCUGGCCACCGUGGCCACCUUCCUCAUCGACAUGGAGCGGUUCCAGUACCCGGAGCGGCCCAUCAUCUUCCUCUCCGCGUGCUACCUGUUCGUGUCCGUGGGCUACAUCGUGCGGCUCGUGGCCGGGCACGAGGAGGUGGCGUGCGGCGGGGAGAGCGGAGCGGAGCACAUCCACUACGAGACCACGGGCCCCGCGCUCUGCACCGUGGUCUUCCUCCUCAUCUACUUCUUCGGCAUGGCCAGCUCCAUCUGGUGGGUCAUCCUGUCGCUGACCUGGUUCCUGGCCGCGGGGAUGAAGUGGGGCAACGAGGCCAUCGCCAGCUACUCGCAGUACUUCCACCUGGCCGCCUGGCUCGUGCCCAGCAUGAAGUCCAUCGCCGCGCUGGCCCUCAGCUCCGUGGACGGGGACUCGGUGGCGGGGAUCUGCUACGUGGGGAACCAGAACCUGGACAACCUGCGCGGCUUCGUGCUGGCCCCUCUGGUCAUCUACCUGUUCAUCGGCACCAUGUUUCUGCUGGCCGGGUUCGUGUCGCUGUUCCGGAUCCGGAGCGUCAUCAAGCAAGGAGGCACCAAAACGGACAAGCUGGAGAGGCUGAUGAUCCGGAUAGGGGUGUUCACGGUGCUCUACACGGUCCCGGCCACGGUCAUCGUGGCGUGCUACUUCUACGAGCAGCACAACCGGCAGACGUGGGAGAUUACGCACAACUGCCGGUGCGCGGCGGACCCCGGGAGGCAGCGGCCGGACUACGCCGUGUUCAUGCUCAAGUACUUCAUGUGCCUGCUGGUGGGGAUCACGUCCGGGGCCUGGGUCUGGUCCGGGAAGACCCUGGACUCGUGGAGGAGCUUCUGCACGCGCUGCUGCUGGGGGAGCAAAGCGGCCUCGGCCGGGUCCAUGUACAGCGACGUGAGCACGGGCCUCACCUGGAGGUCCGGCACGGCCAGCUCCGUGUCCUGCCCCAAACAGAUGCCCCUGUCCCGGGUCUGA